AUGAAAGCCCUCAAGUCCUGUCUGGUGUGUCUGGUCUCUUACUGCGAGAAACACAUUCAGCCUCAUUAUGACUCCCCUGCAUUUGAGAAACACGAGCUGGUGGACCCCUCCAAGAAUCUCCAGGAGAACAUCUCCUCUAGUCAUGAUGAGGUGAUGAAGAUGUUCUGCCGUACUGAUCAGCAGUGUAUCUGUUCUCUCUGCUUAAUGGAUGAACAUAAAGGCCACGACACAGUAGAAGAAGCUCGUGUGGAGCAGAUGAAAAAAAAAGGGAUGAUCCGAUUCCAGCAUGAAACUGAAGUGAGUCGAGUCAAAGAGCUUCAGGAGAAGCUAGAUCAGGAGAUCACUGAGCUGAAGAGGAAAGAUGCUGAGCUGAAGAAGAUAUCAGACAUAGAAGAUCACAUCCAGUUUCUACAGAACUACCCCUCACUGUCACCACUCAGUGAAUCUACAGACUCAUCCAGCAUCAAUAUCCGUCCUCUGCGCUACUUUGAGGACGUGACAGCAGCCGAGUCAGAGGUCAGAGAUAAACUACAGGACGUCCUGAGAGACACAUGGACAAAUAUCUCACUGAUUGUGACUGAAGUGGAUGUUUUACUGCCACAACCAGAGCCCAAGACCAGAGCUGACUUCCUUAAAAAUUCAUGUGAAAUCACACUGGAUCCAAACACAGCUCACAGACAGCUGUUAUUAUCUGAGGGGAACAGGAAAGCUAAAUUAGUGGGGCAACAACAGCGCUCUUCUAGUCACCCAGACAGAUUCACUAACGAGUUUCAGGUCCUGAGUAGAGAGAGUCUGACUGGACGUUGUUACUGGGAGGUGGAGUGGAGAGGUGAAGUCAUUUAUGUAGCAGUCUCAUACAAAAAUAUCAGCAGAGCAUGUAGUCCGAUUGUAUGUAGAUUUGGAUGGAAUGACAAAUCUUGGGCAUUAAGAUGUGACAAAAAGAGUUAUACAUUUUUGUACAACGACAUCCAAACUGUUGUCCCAGGUCCUGUGUCCUCCAGAGUAGGAGUGUACCUGGAUCACAGGGCAGGUACUCUGUCCUUCUACAGCGUCUCUGACACCAUGACUCUCCUCCACAGAGUCCAGACCACAUUCACUCAGCCUCUCUACGCUGGACUGUUGCUUCACUCUUCUUCUUUUGGAGACACAGCUGAGUUGUGUAAACUCAAAUAGACAGAAGUCAUUAAAGGGUAAG